GUUUUUCAGUCAUAAAAUUGGUGAUUUAAACAAGCAAUCAUGAGAAUGUGAACCAUUAGUGAUUUUUGGUGCAGCUUCUCGUGCACUUGGAGUCUCCGAGCGCAGCCAAAGGAAUUACUGGCUGACGUCAGGAAUACCUCACCAGCAGAGCGCGGCCCACUGGCGGUGGGCAGGGUGCUGCCGAGGAGGAUAUGAGGAGCAAUCGUGGAAGAGGACUCAGUCCGACCUUGUCUGGCUCACAGUCCUGCGCAUGGUUGUGCGUAAACGCUGCUAAAAUAGUUGGCGGCGUUUAAAGCCCCUUCAGGCGCGUACAACUCUGGCCUUCAUUCAUGUUUUUUUUUUUUUAUUUGCAACACAUUCACGUCUGGGUAAUGUGCACAGGAAUAGAUCAACACUACUCCAAACCUCUUCCGCAUAUUGGAUUUCUAUGCAAAGAGACGGUCGCCUAUGUCCCUCCAAGGAUUCGGGAAAUGAGGACUGCUGCUUACAUGGACUCAGUAUUUUUUGACUUUUGAAACGUUUUCUGUGCAGUUUUAAUCGAGGAAUUUCUUCAACUCUCGAAUCAUUAUCUGCUCUCUGACUGGGAUUACUCGUUGCUUUGCUUAGGCUCCAUUUGAUUAGAACCGAGUUUCGGACAAGCCUGUGCAGAGCAGUGUACAGUGCACGCUUUCGAGCAUAAUGCAUUUUAUUUAGGACACCCUCUGUCUGUACAAAUUAAGCCGGGAUGGCGAGCGAGUAUAAUCGCAAUAUUGUGGAAAAGUACAUCUGCCAUAAACUCUCCAAACGGGGAUACGUGUGGGGAUUUGAUGAUGUCCGAGAUGAAGAUGCUGCUAAUAAUGGCUCAAUAGUUGCCCCUCCACCGACUUUGGUCCGCCGGUGCCGUGAAGCCAACACCGGGCCUGACAACGACAGCUCACCUAACCUCUGCAGACGGCUCUCUCAGUCCGACCCGCACGCCGAGAUCCACAGAGUCCUGCGCGAGGCUGGAGACGAACUUGAGAGAUUAUACCAGCCGGACUUCACGGAGAUGUCGCGGCAGCUCUAUCUCACCUCCACCACGGCGCAGAGAAGAUUCGCCGAGGUUAUAGACGAACUGUUCCGGGACGGGGUGAACUGGGGCCGGAUUAUCGCUUUCUUCGAGUUCGGGGGCACGGUGUGCGUUGAGUGCGCGGCCAAGGAGGAGAUGACAUCGCAGGUGGACAACAUCGUGGAGUGGAUGACGGAGUAUUUAAAUGGACCUCUUAACAGCUGGAUAAAGGAUAACGGGGGAUGGGAUGCCUUUGUGGAGCUGUAUGACAGACAGAGGGAGUCCGUCUUCAGUUGCUCCUGGCCCUCCAUCAAGACAGUCUUCGGCCUGGCUGCACUCGGGGCAGCGAGCCUCACCAUCGGAGCAUACCUUACACAGAAGUGAACCGAGCCCCUGUAUUCUAUCAGCUCGACUUUAUUCUUCAACAUCCUCCUCCUUUUCCUCGUGCCUCUCCUUUUUUCCUUUUUAAAGACGGUCCUGACCCCUCAGAGACAACCUUCAGACUCUUUCCGAAUCUGGCUCUCUUCAAAGCCCUCUCUCAGAAAACUCCCUCUUCUUCGCCCCUCCGUGUCAAAACAGACACAAAUCAAAACAACUGAAAGAACCAGAUGCGCAGCCCAUACAGAGCAAGGGAUGUCUUGAAAAGAGGCAGCUUAGAUGUAAUCACUCUAAGCUGCCUACAUCUGAGGAGAGAGGAGCGAUCAGUGGUAUGCAUCUACCUUUUUUCUUUUUUUUUGUUCUGCCUGCUUCUGUACUAGUUAUAGCAUGAACGUUGAGUGUUAGUGUAGACGUUGCAUGAUGUGUCAGAGCUCAUGCGAGACCUCUAGUUGAAGGCCUUGAUGAUGGGGGUGCAGGGACGAUGAUGAUGAUGAUGAUGAUGAUGAUGAUGAUGAUGAUGACGAUGGAGACGAUGACGCCCCCCACACCGGAGAGGAAGCGGCCUCAGCCACGCCCCUGCUUGUUAGGGUGAAGAACCCCGUUUGAACUGUGGACUCCAGUUACCCCCCUGCAGCCGUCCUUCAAAGGACUUCCUCCACAGAACAGCUGCUCAGAAUGUAUAAUGGAAACAGCUUGCUCGAACCAGCGCAGUGUGUCUGCUGCUUUCUCUCCUCAGAUGGCUCCAGUGAACUCUGAACACACUGCACCAUUAUACUUUCCCUGGACUUUUAAUAGAGGAUGGACCAGUGGAAGACUGAGCUCAGCUUUUGGAAGUUUCUGAAAGCUCUUUGAUUGCGUUUUUUUUUUUUUUUUUUUAAUGUUGACUUUUAAUUUUUGCAACAUGCCAAACCCCAGCAGAGAAAGAUGGUUAUUUUAAGGAGUGAAAAAACACACGGAAGAAGCCUGUUGUUGCAGAAAAAUGUCAUAUGCUGAUGAAUAUAUAGAGAAAUGAUGAGCAGAGCACAAGCGUGAGGUAGAAAUAAAAUAAAGACUGUGUUUUGCAUCUUAAGAUGGGAGUGGGCCCCUGCAACAUAAACGGACAAGAUUUUAAGAAUGCAUUCCUCAAGCGAAGCGAUGUAAACGAGACCACACCUCUGCUAAAUUAUUCCCCCUCAAAAAACUCAAACACGCUCUAAAGCAACUCUAAAAGCUAUCAGUUCUUUUUUUAUCCUCUACCUCUGUUGCAGUUUUCCUACUCUUCACUCACUCAGCUGACCCUGUCCACAUGUGUCCUCCAGCUGCUGAGGCCCCCACAGCCACCCUGUAAUGCUAGAAUCCAUUCUGACAAAGUCUUGUGGACGUGGACCGAGAAAACCUCGCUUGGCCACAGACGACUGAGUGGAGUACCACGACAGCAGGGUCUCACUUUAGCACUAGAGUCAGUGUGUCCCGUGUGCUGGAACCUGAGAUGUCCCUUCUCUCCAGUCUGCAAAUGCAUCCAGUCAUUGAUUUGUUCCUUUCAGCCUGUUUUUUUUUUUUUUUUUUUUUAUUGAUGUCCGUCUUGUGUUACAGUCUGAUAGAAAAUUUUGGAAAAGGCUCACACAGGCUCCAGAAUAUUUUUUUUUUUUUGUAUACUGUAGUUGGUUAUGGAAAAGUGAUUUUUUUUUUCUGUUAUUAAAAAUCUUCAACUUCUUUGUUGCAUGGAUGAAAGAUACUGUCUUUACACAAUAAAUAUUACUUGUAACCAUAUUUAUGAACAGAAUAGGUUAGAAGAUGACAAAUAACAACAAAGAAGUUCCUUUUUGUAUUUAUUGAGGUACCAGAUCACAGAUUUUUAACAGUACUUUGAUGAAAAAUCAGUUGUCUCCACUUUUUUUCUACUCUAUGGAAUCACACUGUAACUAUAUUAUUUCCUGGCUGCUAUCAUAACAACAAAAAUCUUUAAAAAGUGAAUUUCUGUGUCGUAUUAAUAUUGGCUUAAGGCUGCUAUGCUGUCGAUUUAACUCUUACCUACAGCUUAAACUGCCACAAAUUAACAGUAUAGUUCUAGAGAGCUGGAAACCAAAGUUAACUUGUAUUAAUCUUUAAUUUAAAAAAACAAAAACAAAACAGAAAAAAAAAAAAAAAAAAAAAAAACACAAAAGUAGCUUAAUGAGAAUACAUGUCGCUUCACUUCACUGAGAGUCUGUUCAGUGAGGUUUUGUGAUCUCUCUGUGGAGGGUUUGUCUAGUGUUACUGUGCUAUAUCAUCUUAACUUGUCAGCUUUGUGCUCCAAUGAUAACUCAGUGCUUAUCUGUAAGAAAUGUUGACCUGCCAGACCUAAAUCUUGUCAGUCUUCACUGAAAGAAAAAAAACAAAACAAAAAAAAAAAACAACACACCACUCUCAUUACAACAGCUCUUUGAUACUCCAGAGAUGUGUAUGUAAGAGAGGAACAGAGGGUGAAUCAUGAGCAGGAAUAGGAACAGCAUAACAGCAAUAUACUGUAAUUUUUAUAUUCUCUGUGCAUAUAUGAAUGUAGGCACUAUGGUUGCUGUACUGUUUUAUGUCUAUAAUCGCAAACCUGUAGCACUUCAAAAAAAAAAAAAAAGUGAAUUGUGUUUCUGUUGUUUACUGCAAUAUCCACAAUAAGCUAGUGGGAUCAUAUUGUUCCUAAUAAACCAGAUUUCUCAAGCAGCUGCAGCUGAAGUUCA